AUGCCCGACCCCACCUGUCGGCGCGCCCACCUUCUUCAACCUCCGGCCGAAAAUUUCGGCCACGCACCCCACGCACCCGCAGCACCCCACUCCGCCCUCUUCCUCCACUCUCCCCACGUCCCCAACCUCGGCCCCGACCCCUCCCCUUUAAAGCCCCGGCCCUCCUCCUCAUUUUCCCCUGCACCCCCACCUCAAUCCCGCCGCCAGGCCGCCGGUGUGCUCGCCGGAGCCGCGCCUACCGCCGCCACCUCCGGCCGCACGCCCCGGCCACCCGAGGCCGACCUAGGCCGCGCCGCCGCCACCACUCGCCUCGCCACCGCCUGCCGCACCUCGUCCGCCCCUCCGCCGCCGCCGCUGUCCGCCGGAGCGCCGGCGACCACCCCGACCCGAGCCCGCGCCGCCGCCCAGCCAUCACCGGCCGGCAGGUGA